UUUUGCUUGCAUGCGUAAAAUAUUGUGCGCUAAACUUUGACGAGGGCUAUACCUUGUCAAACUCCGUUCUUACUCUUUUGGUUACUUUACAAUGUAUGCCCCAAACAUGUGUUCAACAUAAAAUUAACGUGCACAUGAUACCAUAAUUGUCAAAAUGUUUAAGUCAAAGCCAAAACGGGUUGUGGGAAGCAGGGAGUCGGUGGAGAGUGGUAAUAUGAGUGGCUCGAGCAAUGAAAAUCUGACAUCAAACAAGGAGAAGGAUACAGUAGAUAUGAUCUUGAAACAGAAAGUUCACUUCAAUCUGUUCUAUAUGGGCAUGGUGCAGAAUGUGAACCUGACAAGCGCCAAGAAGAGGGACACAGAGGCUCAGCUCAUUGAUCAGGUGGAGGAGGCUCAGAUUGAGGGUAAGCUACCCUUGUCUGUAACAGAAGAGGACAAAGUGGCUAUCACCGUAUCUCGACAUGGAAUCAAAGUGAUGGACACAUCCAGACAGGAAGUCUUUCAGCGCCAUCCACUUCACACCAUUGCACAGCUGAUUCACUACAAUGAUGGUUUUGGCAAACAGAACAUUGCACUGAAGAUCGGUCAAGUUGGGAAAAUCGUCAACCAGUGCUACCAGUGUUAUAUCUUCCAAUGCCACACAGAGGAAGAGGCAAAUGCUAUUUGCCAGUGUGUGAGGAGACUCUUUGAUGCCAUCACUGCUAAAGCAUGAACAAGUGAUGGAUAUCUCACCUGAGAAGUCUACAUUGUGAGUGAAUGAGUGAGUGGUGUGGCUGUUUCAUGCUAUCACAGCUGUAGCAGGACUAUUCCUUAGACAGCUAAUCAUGCAGGACAUUUUGAGUGAUGGAUUGAGAUGUGAAGCUGUUUGAUGCUGUUUCUGCUAAAGCAUGAAUAAUUCUUGGACAUCUCGACUUAGUGAAUGAUGGUGUGAGUUGUGAUGCUGUUUCAUGCCAUCACUGCUAAAGCUUGAACAUUUAUUGGACAGCAAGCCACUGAUGACUAGUUGUGAGGAAACAUGUAUUGGACAGCAAGCCAGAGAUGACUAGUUGUGAGGAAACAUGUAUUGGACAGCAAGCCACAGAGGACUAGUUGUGAGGAAACAUGUAUUGGACAGCAAGCCACAGAGGACUAGUUGUGAGGAAACAUGUAUUGGACAGCAAGCCACAGAGGACUAGUUGUGAGGAAACAUGUAUGUUAUUUCACUGCUAGUCAGCAUCAUGAGCAGGACUUGAACCAGUGACCUGUGAUAUUGACAUGUCGUCAACAUGAGAUUCAUUUCAUUGAUGGAGGAUCACCAAACUAUUUGUUUAAAACAUUGUUGAAUUGUGCCUUGUGUAUAUGUGAACUGAUGAUAUAUUAUUAUCACAAAUAUUAUGAGCAUCUGUUACAUUUGAAAUAAUAAAAUACUGCAAAUACUU